AUGUCGCUAUCCGGUGAUGAUCCGCUGCAGCAGAACGCCAUGAUGGGGCCAGGAUCUGCGACGGCCGAUCAGACGAGUAUUGUCUCCGGCGGGAAACACGGUGGCAAGGGAGCUGCAGCGCGUGGUAAGGGCAAAGGCAAGGGCAAAGGGAAGCGUGGCGGCAAGACGGGGGGCAAGGCAGGAAAGCGCGACAAGAUGUCACGUGCGGCUCGUGCCGAUCUUAACUUCCCUGUUGGCCGCAUUCACUCUCGGCUGAAGGACGGGCUGAACCGCAAGCAACGCUGCGGAGCGUCCGCUGCCAUUUACUGCGCCGCCUUGCUUGAGUACCUCACGUCAGAGGUGAUUGAGCUCGCGGGGGCGGCAGCGAAGGCGCAGAAGACGGAGCGUAUUAAGCCGCGGCAUCUGCUGCUGGCGAUUCGCGGGGAUGAGGAGCUCAACCAGAUAGUGAACGCCACCAUCGCCCGCGGAGGUGUGGUGCCGUUCGUGCACAAGAGCUUGGAGAAAAAGAUCAUCAAGAAGUCCAAGCGAGCAGGCUGA